UCGCAAAUUAUAAGUAGACGAAGUGCGGGAAUAAUUGGAGAAGUUCGAACAGGUAGACGGGAAAAAGGGAUCCCCCCCCCCCCCCUCCCCACCCCUUAUCACGCUCUCUUUCUUCUUCGCCAUCAAACCCACGUGGUCGCUGGUCCACGGAAUUUCGGGAAAAACAGGGCGACGGCCUAUUUAAUUUACUCAGCAGUUUUAAUUCCGUCUCGACAUGAUUGCCGAAACUCAAGUGCAGCGGAAGACUGCUUCGGUUUGUGCGAAGUCGACUUGGUGGUUCGCUUUCGUUUUAGUGGUGGUUAUUGUUGUUGUUUGUGCACCUCCAACGGUCGACGCUUACACGAACCAAUGGGCUGCCCACAUCGAGGGAGGACCGGAGGUUGCCAAGCAGGUCGCCGCCGAUCAUGGAUUCCGAUAUUUGGACAAGAUACUGGGUGACUGGUAUCAUAUGGAGCAUCGGUCUGUGUCGAAACGAUCUACGGAGCCACACAAGAAGGUGCACACCCGUCUUCUGAGGGACAAUAGGGUUCUCCGAGCCGAACAACAGCAGUCAAAAUCACGGACAAAACGUGAUUACGUUGAAAGACACAGCUCGCCGACGACGCGGAUGGUCUUCAACGACGAGAAGUGGCCUGCGAUGUGGUACCUAAAUCGAGGCAAUGGGCUUGACAUGAACGUCCAGGAGGCCUGGGCCGAGGACAUCACGGGUUCCGGUAUCGUCGUCACAAUUCUCGACGACGGUCUCGAGAAAGAUCAUCCUGACCUAUUGAAGAACUACGAUCCGGAAGCCAGCUACGACGUGAAUGGGCAAGACGACGAUCCCAUGCCGAGGUACGAUCCAAUGGACAGUAAUCGACACGGAACUCGAUGUGCAGGCGAGGUUGCAGCCGUUGCUAACAAUUCUAAUUGCGCUGUUGGCGUAGCGUACGAUGCUUCGGUCGGAGGAGUUCGAAUGCUCGAUGGGGACGUUACGGACGCCGUUGAGGCCAGAUCGCUGGCCUUCAAUUCUCAACACAUCCACAUUUACAGCGCCUCUUGGGGUCCGGACGACGAUGGGAAAACCGUUGACGGUCCCGGUGAACUCGCUACAAGAGCAUUCAUCGAGGGUAUCACCAAGGGCCGCGAGGGUAGAGGCUCGAUAUUCGUCUGGGCUUCGGGGAACGGAGGCCGUGAUCACGACAACUGUAACUGCGACGGCUACACGAACAGCAUAUGGACAUUGUCGAUCAGCAGUGCAACGGAGAACGGAUUAGUUCCUUGGUACAGCGAGGCCUGCUCCUCGACUCUGGCGACGACUUACAGCUCGGGAUCAAACGGGGAGAAGCAGGUAGUCACGACCGACAUUCAUCAUCACUGCACUGGCAGCCACACCGGGACCUCGGCAUCCGCCCCCCUGGCCGCCGGCAUUUGCGCCUUGGCCUUAGAGGCGAACAUACGACUGACCUGGAGAGACAUGCAGCAUAUCGUCGUCAGGACGGCGAAACCGGCGAACCUUAAGGCGCCUGACUGGGUCACUAAUGGCGUCGGAAGGAACGUCAGUCACAGUUUUGGCUAUGGGCUCAUGGAUGCCGGGGCGAUGGUCAAGCUCGCGAGAAGGUGGAGAACCGUGCCUGAGCAACAUAAGUGCGAAGUUCCUGCGCCAAAUACUGGCCGAACGAUACCACCAAAGAGCCAAAUCACGCUGAUGCUGCACGUCAAGGAAUGCAGCGGCGUUAACUUCCUCGAGCAUGUUCAGGCUAAAGUAUCGCUCACGGCUGGCAGAAGAGGCGAUCUUCAGAUUCAACUCACGUCACCGGCCGGUACCAAGAGCACGCUCUUGGCGAAGAGGCUGCACGACGCUUCCAAGGCAGGUUUCAACCAGUGGCCUUUCAUGUCCGUCCACACCUGGGGAGAACGUCCUCACGGCUCGUGGAAGCUGGAGAUCCACAACGAGGGUCGUUACCUAGCGACGCUUGGCGAGUGGAAGUUGGUACUUUACGGCACGAACACAUCCGUCGAAGGAGACGAGCUAGCAAUCGGCGGCUCCAAGAGCAACGUUGACGUCGACCAAAUACAGAGCAACGUCGUCGACACCGAAGGGGAUCCUUUGGGCGGAAGUCAGCGGGUGGACCAGGCUUCGCACACGGAAGUGGAGCAGACGACGACCGAAGAUCAGACCAGCGGAGCCUGCAAAACCACCGCCGGGAACCAGUGCCUAGAGUGUCGGAAGGGUUGGUUCCUCUUCGACGACGGGUGCGUCAGCCAAUGCCCGUUAAAGACGUAUGCAAUAUCGAACGAAGACAAGAUAAGCAGUGUUUGUGCCCCUUGUCAUUACACCUGCGCGGGAUGCUCCGGAUCAGCGGACUACGAAUGCACUUCCUGUCUUGAGGACGCGACGCCGUAUAGAUCCGGGGGUUCGACCCACUGCGUCCUGACGUCCCUCACGUCGAACCUCCACUCCACGAAGUGGUUUUACCGCAUGUUCAUUUUGUUCGUAUUAAAUUUGGUCACUGUAACGGGACUCGGUGUGUACUUUUGCGUUAUAUGGUACGUCAGGAAGCAGGAAUCCAAGGAAUAUGCCUACAGCAAAGUCGCUUACGAAACCGGCGCCGCGGUGCCGAGAGAUGACGUGCAUAAAUCGGUCUUGCAGCAAGACUCCUAUUUGUCUGACAGCGACUGACUAGUCGCUGAUGAGUGUGAGAGAAGUGACGGUUGAUGACAUCUGCUUUCGAUUUUAGACAUUUUUCAGCACAGUUGCAGUUCCUCUCAGACAGUCAACUGCCCCGGAUGUUAAAGUUAAUUUACCUAAAUCUAUAUUGUAAAAUAAAAUUAACUUGCCUAGAUACAUAAGUGUAAUAACCCGGAAGUCCGUAUUAUUGUAAGAAUACGGUGCAACAAAUAUUCAACAAUUGAUCGAAGCUUCAGUCCUUAUACUAGCUUAGACUGUAACUAAUUAGGUUGUGAUAAUACAUUAAACAAAGUUACGAUUAAUUUUUUUCUCCUCUCUUUCGUUGCUAGAUAGUUUUGAGUUAUUAUCUUACUGACAGUCGUAGCAAUUAUUAAAAAAAAAAAUUAUCGAGGGUAUUAUCAUUAUAAAUAAAUGCAGUUAGCUGAGUUUAUGAAUAGACUGUUACCUGUAACGUAAGAAGAGGAGGUUCCUUGAUACUUUUAUAUUGUUACGUAAUACAUAGCUAUAUGAUACUUACAGGUUGUGAGAACAGUUAGAGACGUAGGUAUUACAGUAAUUAAGUACUUCUAGGAAAAAUCAAAUGUCUGAAGACAUGCAUAUUUACGUAUCAUAAUAAUGAUUCUGGGAACUUUACCAAUAUUUGCAAUAUUAUACGAUACUACGCUUACUCUUUUUGUUAUCCAGGCUGUAGACUACCCGUUAGUUUCAUCACGGUGCAUAAAUUAUUUAAGGUCACCUUAAUACGAAAAUUAGAAUUAUAUUUUACAGAUAAGUGAUUUAAAAAUAUGCAUGUGCAUAGAUUGUAAAAGUUAUAGUAACUCUGGCAAUUACAGUAAUAUACUUUUAUUGCCAUGUUCAAGUUACUUGAGAUGAUGGUGAAAUAUUUUUACUGGUAAAAUACUAAAAAUGUUCAAAUCUUGGCCUUAAAUUUUAAUGCUUCACUAGCGUAUCGCGUUCUUGGAUGCAUAGCAUAUAUUUUCCAGUAAAAACCCUUUGGUUUUAUGUAAGCACGAUUGAGCUUCAAAGCUACUGAAUUACUCCUCCUACAGCAUUGAGCGAUAAAUUUUUUGCAAAAACAGUAACAUGUAUUUAUACAAUUUCUAUUUUCCCCCUCUCGAAAACAUGCCAAAUUUUAUACUUAGACGCGUUUGUAUUUUGUACAUGAUUAAUAAAAUCGAUUCAACCCAGGGGGGGAUAAUAAAUAUGUAUGUACAUAAAGCAACAAAUUAAUAAUGAAAUAUAUUAGAUUAAUGGAUGUAAACUCAAUUCAAGUCAAUCCAAAAA